GCAUAUGCGAGUUUCUCACCGUCUGUUUCUGGUGCAGAUAAUUCUCCCCGCUGGCCGGACGGGGCACAAUAUGCCCGGGCCAUGCUGAAAGCCGUCCCCAGGGACGAGAAGGAGGCGAUCCCUGGGAUCAACUCCUUUAAUGCCGACCGGGUGCUGGUCGACCUGGCCGACGCUAUGCUGCGCGUAGAGGGGCUCAAACGAGCUUGUACCCGCAAGUCUGAAGAGGUAAGGAGAAGCAAACGGGCUGUUGAUGACGCCCAUAAUGUUGCUGACUACUCUUUGUACAUGCAUGGCUUAGAAUCUAAAUCUAUACGCAUGGAACAGGCGGAGAAGACCAAGGCCCUCCAACAGCAGAUUGAUCAGCUGAAAAACCAAGUUGACCAACUGCAGGCGUCCCUGGAUGAUGCCAAUAAAAAGUUGGAGGAACAGAAAGAGCCCCUCCAACGGCUGAGCAAGGCGGAGACUGAAAAUGGCCGCCUUGCCAAAGAGAAUGAGCGCCUGCGCAAAGAGGCGGCUGCUGCCAAUGAGAACUUCAAGGCCACCUUGGAGUCGGAGCAGGAGAGGCUCAUUGAAGAUAAUGAGCAUGACUGUGCAAACCGGAUGCAACGGGCGUUUUCCCUCAUCCACCCGGAGGCGGACUUCACCGUCUGGGAACUCGCCUUCAAAUAUUCUGAUCUUGCCAUUCUGGCCGAGGAGGCGAAUGAGCCGGGGCCCGGACCCUAUGACGCUUGGGUUAGGGAGGAGAUUGCGCGACGGCAGGCGGAGGCUGCUGAAGAGGAAGAAGUUGUUCCUGAAGCCGACGCAGCCGCUCACCCUGAUCCAACCCAGAACCAACCGGAAGAGGACCGGUUCCCUGUUCGCCUGGAGUAGCAACU